AUGUUUUGGAUUUUAGUAGUCAUUCAUCCCCAUUUUGUUGGAGCUUAUGCAGACACAACUUUUGAUGUUAUUUUAGAAUCUUAAGGGGCAGAUUUAUCUUAAAAAAAUAAUAAAUAUCAAAAAGUUCUAAUCUCACUCAUUUAUAAAUAAUGUUAAUAUGUGUAUUAACUACUUAUAUUAUAGUAAAUAUUUAGACAACUAUUUUAGAUAUUUUGAUACUUUAUUAAUAUUGAAUUUAUUGGACAUCAGUCUUUAGAAUUAGUAAAAAAUUAAUCAGUUUUUGGAUCCAUUUAAUCAAUGCCACUUUUGAUUAUAAGUGGAAUAUUUUCAUAUUACCAUUUUCAGAGCAUUUGAUAAUUCAUCUAGUACAGUUAUAUUCCCUUUUUUAUAAGUAUUUUAAAAAUAAUUUUAUUAGAUUUCUUCAAUAUUUGGAUUCCUCUUUUUAAUACUAUAAUUAUUUAUCCAAUAGACCUUAUUUAUCCAGUUAUUUACAUUUAUUAGCUUAUUUUCUUAUUCUACUAGGAGGUUUAGCUCCAGCUAUUGAUGUCAAUUUAAUAAAAAUCUUUCAAUUCAAAUUUUGA